AUGCCCCGAGAUGGGCUUAGUGACUUGGAAGAGUCCAGCCGAAGUGCAACUCUAUCUGGCGCCUCUCAGAAGCUCAACUCUGAUACAUCUGGAUCCAUAGACCGAGAGAAAACGGCUAAUACCAACGGUAAGGACAAUGAUUGUAGCAGUGGUAAUGAUAACGUCAUUAGUGAGAAGCCGUGUCCGUAUAUUUCGCAACACGACGCUCAAUUCCAUAUUAUCCAAAGACACGGCGUCAGCUCAUGUCCGGAACUUUGUCAAAUAUUAGGCGAUUUCAAAGAGCUACCAUCAAGACGAGAGAUCCAAGAUAUUCCUAAGCGAGUUGAUAAGCCAAGGCCCGAAGUUGACAAGAGUCGAUAUUGGUAUCAUUUACGUGUUCGUGACAUUAUCUUAGAACGCUUCCGAUCUCUUAGACGAAGGAUUAAACGCUCGGGCUCUUCUACAUUCUCCAUUCGAUCCGAGUUUCCCCCUCCUUUGAAUCGCAAGGUACGUCGGCUUCUGGCUCGUGACUCUGUGGAUAUUUGGCCAUCAUCUGGCGAGGAAAGCCCAGUAUUUAAUACUCCUGAGUCCGAUGCUCCCAACGUCAAACGUACUUCGGGAACCGGGAGUCACAUCGACCCAUUGGCUAUGGCCAGUAUGAUGAUUGCUACGGCGGAACUCGAUAGGCUCUCAUCAAGGAUGAGUCUCGACCAGGCGUCUGGAGUAUCUGGAUCGUCAGUGGGUAUUUCACAAAGUUCCCGUGGCUCACAUACGUCGUGCGAUAAGGAUAUCACAACUCCUAACAAUGAAAUGUCUGCAUCGGUGUCCACAGUCCUCGAUAUGCCUCCAGCUGUACCAUUCAAUACACCUUCGUCAUCAGUUCCACAUUCUGGAACGAUAAGCCCGGUAUCUAAAUCACCACAACGGCGUGGACAACGACGAAAAACGCAACGCAGUCGAUUAUCUGAAGUCACGACACCAGAUGAGAUUGCGUCGUUAGCAGAGUCUGUGGAGGAACUUAACGACAGUCUUUCACUUCCAGAUAACCCUAUUGAAACUCUACCAGAAUGUUCGGGUGUAUCAAGGCUAGGAGACGAGGAUCUAUACCCUAAGCCGUUAAUUAUUAACCGCACCGGACAAGAUGAGGCUAAUGUAGGUGUCGGAAAUAGUUCAGGAUAUUCCCAAGAACAAUUUCCCAGCUUUGAGCCUCCUGAGCCCCACAUCCUCUCAGUUGAUCUGAAGAGAGAACUAGGUACUUCGUCGCAGCUCCCAGGUUCUAUACAUUUGGAUAUAGAAGAUAUCAUCACGGCUAGUGUCUCAUCAGUCAGUGGAACGGCUCGUUCUUACGAACCUCUCGAAAUGUCUAGGACUACCGACGAGCCUUCACUACCAGAUGUGUCCCUUGGACUUGAAUUUACCUUUAUGAUACCAGCUAUUUCCUCUGACCUAACAGUAUCAGUUACUUCGAGAGAAACCUGUGGCAUCCAGUCAGACCCUAUUGCUAACAUGAAAGGUGGUACCCCUGCCAUGGAAGCUAAAAUUGACUAUGUGUCGGAAUCUCAGGGUGAACCUGGGGACUCUGAACCUUUCUGUCCUCCCGAUUGCCUCACGACCAGGAGGAGUAGCCGAGAUAGCCUUCCACAGCCAUUGAUGGUGGCGAGACAAGAUAAGGAUGAGACUGUACAAAAGCUGGAGGAGGAUGAGGUUGCAGUGCUGAUUGAAGGAAGCUGUUCGAACAUUGCGGGAUGA